AUGCCGGAAACCGAGGUCAGGGAGGCUGUCGUGUGUGACAAUGCAACUGGAAUGGUCCUGGCAGGGUUUGCUGGAGAUGGUGCACCAAGCGCUGUGUUUCCAAGCAUCGUGGGUCAUCCACACACGAGGGCAAUGAAUCAGAAGGAAUGUUAUGUGGGAGAGGAAGCUCAAGCCAAGAGAGAUAUUCUUACACUUCAGUACCCAAUGGAGGAUGGUAUCGUUAACAAUUGGGAUGACAUGGAGAAGAUUUGGCACCAUACUUUCUACAACGAGCUACGUGUGGCUCCUCAAGAACACCCUGUGCUUCUCACUGACUCUCCUCUAUGCCCAAAGGGCAGUCGCGAGAAGAUGGCGCAGAUCAUGUUUGAGACCUUCCAUACUCCUGCUAUGUUCGUUUCCGCUCGAGCCCUUCUCUAUCUCUAUUCUAUUGGUCGUACGACAGGUCUUGUCUUGGAUAUAGGAGAUGGUGUGAGCCACACGUUUCCAGUUUUCGAAGGCUACUCAGUCUCACAAGGGAUCCUGCGUCUAGCUAAAGCAGACCGUGACCUAACCGGCUACCUCAUGAAAAGCAUGACCGAACGUGGCUACACAACAUCAUCCGAACGUGAGAUAGUCCGAGACAUCAAAGAGAAACUGUGUUACGUAGCUCUUGACUACGAGCAAGAACUGGUGAAGGCUACCGCGAGCUCGGAAAUCAAUAGAACCUACGAGCUUCCCGAUGGUCAAGUGAUCACGAUAGGAGCCGAGAGAUUCGGGUGCCCUGAGCUUCUGUUCCAGCCGUAUAUGGCCGGGAUAAUAUCUCCUGGUAUUCACGAGGCGACUUACAAUUCAAUCAUGAUGUGUGAUGUUGAUACAAGGAAUUUUAUGACGAUUAAAGCCUUGUCUCUUAAGGAGGAGAAGUGUAGUGCUUGGGUUGGAGGCUCCAUUUUGGCUUCUCUAAGCACAGUUAACCAGAUGUGGAUAACUAAGGGUGAUUAUGAAGAAACUGGAGCAGAGAUUGUUAACCGCAAAUGCUGCUAA